AAUGUUCACACUGGUAUGGUGGACAACUCCAAACAAUGGAAUCAUCUCUCCAGGGAAAGAACAGCGACGUAGGUUGAGCUAAUACAGCUGUCAGAUUGGUGCCGUUGACCUAAUGGGCCGAUCAUAAACUCUGUUAAACUAUCUCCGAGAUCAAUAGACCUGCGCUUCCUUGUGAAGCCUAGGUGCCGUUGUCCUAAUGAGCCGAUCUACAGCUUGCUAAGCAGAAGUGGUGGUUUGCCUUGCCUCUGAGGUCGAAUGGGAUUCUAGCUAGUUCCGGUUUACCUGUAUUUUUGUUUAUCUGCUCUGAUUCGGAGCGUUCAUAUUGAUGUAAUUUCCGGACCAGAGAGAGAGAGAGAGAAGAAGAAGAAGAAGAAGAAGAAAAAAAUAGAAGAAAAAUAAAAAAGAGAAUAGCGCUAUGGCGGAAUCAAUUUUAGCUGUGGUGGAAAAGCUCACAAACUUGCUAGCUGAAGAAACCCGUCUUCUGAAGGGGGUGAAGGACAAAGUGGAGACCCUCGUAAAGCAAUUGAAUCUGAUCGAAGGUGUGGUGAAGGAUGCAGAUGCCAAGCAAGGUGGAAAUGAAGCAUACAACCGUUGGUUAUCUCAAAUACGAGAUCUGGGCUACCAAGCUGUAGAUGUAAUUGAAACUUACCGCAAUGACUCAGAAUCCCCAGGUUUUUUUAGUUUGAAGGUAUUCCGUCUUCACAAUCUCAAUGGGGAGGUUGAUAAAAUUCAAUCUAGUCUUAAGGAGCUUUUUGAAGCGAAAGCCGGAUUUGGCAUUGCCCCAAACAAUCCAGAGAGGGAUGAAGCCAAUGAAAGGCGGCUGCGAUCAUGGAGAGAACCACCAGCAAUAAUGAAGGAGGAUGACUACAUUGAUCUUGUAGAAGACACAAAGGUGUUGAUAGCACUACUAUCUAGUAUGGACCCGAGGUAUGGUGUGGUGUCUAUUGUCGGUAUGGGUGGUUUGGGCAAAACCACUCUUGCAAAUAAGUUGUACAGUCACACCAAGCUCAAAUUUGAUUGUAAAGUAUUCAUUUCUGUAUCUAAAGAUUACAGGAAAAAAGAGAUCCUGUACGGAAUCCUUGAAGGUAUAUGUGCUAAGAAAAUUGACCGUUCAGAGAAGGAAGAAGAGAAGGAUUUGAUAAUUAAGGUGCACGACUUGCUAAAAGAGAAGACUUAUCUUGUGAUACUAGAUGAUCUAUGGGAAAAGGAGGAUUGGGAUAAUUUGAAAGAAGCAUUUCCUGGUGGAAUGAUGGGAAGCAAGGUGAUGCUUACUACCCGAAACAGGGAGGUUGCCAAACAUGCAGGGUGCAUUAACCCCCAUGAGCCACGAUUGCUAACGGAAGAUGAAAGCUUAGAAUUGUUGCGCAAGAAAGCACUCCCACAACAUGCUCAAUUUCCUCUCGAGUUGGAAAAACUUGGAAGAGAGAUGGUAGACAAAUGUCGUGGUUUGCCGUUGGCAGUGGUGGUGCUUGGAGGAUUAAUGUCCGGGAAAAGCAUGGAGGAAUGGGAGAUUUUGUCUAGAAAUAGCAGGUGGAGCAUCAUGAAUGAUGUAGAUCGUGUUUCUACAAUUUUAGCCCUGAGUUACAAUCAUUUGCCCUUCCACUUGAAGUUAUGUUUUCAACAUUUGGGCCUUUUCCCAGAGGAUUUUUGCAUACCGAAAAAUGAGUUGAUACGCUUGUGGGUUGCUGAAAGAUUCUUACCUCAACAAGGAGAAGACACAGAAGAAGGCGUCGCAGAAAAAUGCAUAUAUGAGUUGAUAAAUAGGUCCAUGGUCCUGGUGGGAAUGAGAACCUCUAGAGGGAGAGUUAAAGCCAUCCGUAUCCACGAUGUUCUCAGAGACUUCUCUAUCUCAAAGGCUAAGGAGGGCAAUUUCCUUGAAAUAUACUCUGGGAAAGGAGUUGGAUCAACAUCCCGGUCAUUCAAAUCCCGAAGGCUUGCCGUCCAUGGUACAUACAAUGACUAUGCAUUCCUAGAAAAGCACACCCCCCACUUACGAUCCCUUCAUUUUUUCAAUAAAGUCGAUCGGAAAAUAGAUUUUGUUUACAAGAAUUCCAAGUUACUUAAUGUCCUAGAAGUAACUGGCACUGAAUAUCAUGGUAAGCAAGAUUAUAAGGCACUAGAGAACUUAACUCAGCUGAGGUAUCUUGGAUUUAGGGGAAGAACAGAUAUGCUCUACAUGCCAUCAUCGAUUGGAAAAUUGAUGAACUUACAGACAUUAGAUUUGAGACAUUGUGUAAUUACAAGUGCGAUCCCUGAUGUUCUUUGGAAGAUAAGACGUUUGAGACAUCUGCUUUUUAACUCCAUGAGUGUAUCAGGGAAUUUAAAAUUGGACAGCUUGACCCAAUUACAGACCCUAAAAGGUGUAAGUAGUGGAAGAUGGGCAAGGGGUUUAGUUAGGAUGAGUUAUAUGCGACGACUGGGAAUACGCUUACAAUCAAGAUCAAGUCCAGAAAUGUUGAUCAUUUUCAACUCAGUGACUACACUGCGCAACCUUCAAUCAUUGUCGCUCAGGAAGCCAUAUGCGCCUCACGAAAUUGCUGAACCCUUCCCUCCAUUGGAGCAACUUUCUGGUUGUGUCAAUCUUCAGAAGCUUCAUUUAAUCGGGAAAAUAAAGAAGCUACCUAGGGCAGACGAAUUCCCGCCAAACCUCGAGAAGCUAGUUUUGGAGGACUCCAUGCUGCAGAAAGAUUCAAUAGCUACUCUGGAGAAAUUGCCAAAAUUAAAGAUGCUUGAGUUGGAUGAUGGAUCAUACGUGUCUAGUGAACUGGUUUGCUCUCCAGAAGGGUUUCCACAGCUAGAAGUUUUACACUUAAAAUAUUUAUCUUUGAAGGAAUGGACAGUUGAACAAGGGGCAAUAAUGAAUCUCAAGCAUCUGAUGGUACAUGAUUGUAAGGAAUUGAAACAGGUCUCAGAAGGAUUCAAGUCAUUGAUUACUCUCCAAGACUUGGAGAUUUCUAGGUCACCUGAUUUUGAACACCUGAUUCGAACUGAUCAAGACCUUGUGGAGUUCACAGAAAAGAAUUCGAUCAAAUUUGUCCAGCGGUAAUUCAAUCAAGAUGUGGUGACCCCUGCCCUUUGUUUCAGCAUUACAAUGAGGCAGCAGGAUCAUAUGAAGAAAGGUGAUCAGAUUGUGAACCCGAGCGAAAGUACUGCUAUUGUUUUACUUCUUUGCUUUUCAUUGUUAAUCUUGAAUAAGUGGUCAAUGGGUUGAUCAUAAGCUUGCAGAGUUUUUCGAAUGUUUCUGAUUGUAAUAAAGGCGUGAGGGAACGGCCUCUCAAUUAAACCGAGUUCCAACCCUCAAAAAAAGAAAGUUUAAUUUACUUUUCAGUUGUAUUUGAACUAAUAAAUUUGAUUAACGUAAACAGUUGUUGGUUGCUUAACUGCCAAGUUUGGCAA